AUGGCCCCGCCCCCACCAGGACAGGCUUCGGUUUACGUUGGUUUACGGGGCGUUGUUUUCCGCCGGAGAGAAACGGUUUGGCAAAGAGCCUCUACCCCGCCCUGCCAUGAGCGGCCGCCCAAGAACCGCUGCCACACCGCCGAGGAGGAGGUCUAUGCAGCGUCAUACAACAGCAGGCUGUACAGCCGGCCCUUCAUCGAGUACUUUGAAGAGACCCCCAUGAUGGUGGCAGUGCUCACAUACAUGGGCUACGGCAUCCUGACCAUCUUUGGCUACCUCCGUGACUUCCUUCGUCACUGGAAGAUUGAAAGGUGCCACAUCGCCAGAGAGAAAGAGGAGCAAAAGGAUUUUGUACCGCUCUACCAGGAUUUCGAGAACUUUUACACCAGAAACCUCUAUAUGCGGAUAAGAGACAACUGGAACAGGCCUAUAUGCAGCGUCCCGGGAGCCAAGAUGGAUCUGAUGGAACGAGCCACCUACGACUACAACUGGACUUUUGAAUACACGGGUCGGGUAGUGCAGGAUGUGAUUAACCUGGGCUCGUAUAAUUACCUCGGCUUCGCUGAGAAUACAGGUCCAUGUGCUGACUCCGCAGCUGAAGUCACUAUGAAGUACGGUGUUGGAGUUGCGAGCACGAGGCAGGAGAUUGGUAACCUGGACAGACACGAGGAGAUGGAGAAACAGGUGGCUAGGUUCCUGGGUGUGGAAUCAGCCAUGGCGUUCGGCAUGGGAUUUGCAACUAACUCAAUGAACAUACCAGCACUCGUUGGCAAGGGUUGUCUAAUCCUGAGUGAUGAGCUGAACCAUGCCUCUCUGGUCCUGGGAGCCAGACUAUCUGGGUCCACCAUCAGAGUCUUUAAACACAACAAUAUGCAGAGCCUUGAAAAACUGUUGAGAGAAGCCAUCGUUCAUGGCCAACCCAGGACUCGCAGACCAUGGAAGAAGAUCCUAAUAGUGGUUGAAGGCAUUUACAGCAUGGAGGGCAGCAUAGUGCGCCUGCCAGAAGUGAUUGCCUUAAAGAAGCGCUACCGGGCCUACCUUUACUUAGAUGAAGCCCACAGUAUAGGGGCCCUGGGUCCAAGAGGAAGAGGUGUGGUGGAUUACUUUGGCCUCGACCCAUGUGACGUGGACGUCAUGAUGGGCACUUUUACCAAAAGCUUUGGUGCUGCAGGUGGAUACAUCGCAGGGAAAAGGGAGCUCAUCGAAUACCUGCGCUCCCAUUCCCACAGUGCGGUCUACGCCACCUCCAUGUCUCCUCCUGUGGUGGAGCAAAUCAUCACUUCUAUGAAGUGCAUUAUGGGAGAGGAUGGCACAACAAUAGGCAGUGAGCGUGUGCAGCAGCUGGCAGAGAACACGGUCUAUUUCCGCAAGAGGCUUCGAGAAAUGGGCUUCAUCAUCUACGGCAACAACGACUCUCCCGUCGUACCCUUGAUGCUCUACAUGCCCGCCAAGAUAGGAGCGUUUGGCAGGGAGAUGCUGAAGAGGAACAUUGGCGUGGUUGUCGUGGGCUUCCCUGCUACACCCAUCAUCGAAUCGCGAGCACGCUUCUGCAUCUCUGCCGGCCAUUCGAAAAACAUGCUCGACCAGGCGCUGAACGUCAUCAGUGAGGUUGGAGACCUCCUUCAGCUCAAGUACUCCCAUCACAGACUGCAGCUGUCUUCUGCGCGGCCUUUUGAUGAUGAUGUGUAUGAGGACAUUGACGACUGAUGAAUCACUCUGCUGCUUAAGUGGCGUGAACCAGAACAACCCCGGAAAAUACAGAGCGGGUCGGUCAAGAUGGAUCACAAGUCUUCCUUAAGGAGAAACUUGUGCGUACGUGCCCCCUGCCAUCAUGUUGCCAACUCGUAACCUCCCCAGACGAAAGCAAAACGCUUAAAAAUACCCUCAGAUUUUAUUUUGCCUUACUACACAUGCAGAGAUUGUGAACAGUGAAAAUGGCACCUCUGCUUCCUGUGUCUUUUAUCACUUUUUUUUUUUAAGAUUUUUUUGUUUGUUUGGUUGUGUCUUUAGUAUUUGUGGUUUUGGCCUUUGUUAAGCUUGUAAUUACAGAUCCAGUGUGCACGUCAUCUUUUUGUUUUUUCUUCACUUAUGACAUGAAUCUGACUUAAAUCGAAAAUGUAAGGAGACUAAUAAGGAGAACAUCGUUACCAUCUAUCAAUGAACGGUCCUUUCUUCCACUCCUUUGAAAGGAGCCGUUAUUGUCAUAAGUAGAAAUCACUAGAUGCAUUUCCACAAGACCUAAUUCUUCACCACCAGGAGCCUGUUGGCGUGCAAACAUGACAUGACUUACAGCCAGUUCCUUCCGUUUUUUUCGAGUAUUGUAACAGGGAAUCUGUCAGUUUAGAGCUAAUUACCUGACAGCUUUCCAUUUAAAAAAAAAAAAAAAGAACAUUUUGACAUUUAUUGCUAUUAUUUAGAAGUUUAGAUGGACAAAGUCAGCCUCAAGUCUUAAAGCUAAGCUCACCGUUUGCUAACUUUCACUUCAUAUUUUUCCUGCUGCAUAGCAUAGAUCUGAAUUUAAGCAACAAAGCAGAUGAGCGCAUUUCCCCAAAUCCCAAAUACUGUCUUUUAUGUAUCUCCAGUAAAGUGAAAUAUCUGUCUUCAGCAGUAAGAUGAAGGUAUUGCCAUAAUUUUGCGUUUGAGAAUUUUAUUUGCCUCCACUGAGAUCAGCUCUGGGUCAGUAGAACAGUGCCAAAGUGAACAGAACAGAUUAUCUGUGAUGUUUGUAUGUGUGAGGAAAUGUUCCUGAAUGGGCCGCAUGGCUCAAAAGAAUAAAUGUUUAAUAUCCUGUUCAAGGCUUCAGUAAAAAUCACAAGUUGAAAUAGAAAUCAAAAACUAAUUACUCUUUCAAACAUUUGAUUUUAUCUUUUUUUUCAGUAAUGAAAUGAUUGCAAUGAUAUUACAUGUUUUGUUUUUUUUUUCAUUUUACUUAAGGAGAACCUGCUCUCUGUAUUGUUACUGUUAAACUCUUAUAGAGUAGCUUUGCAUUAUUCACAGUUCAAAAUAAUCUUUAUUUAUGUGAUACUGAGCCUUGGAGCCGCCUCUCAGUUCAUCUCAAUUUGUUAGAAAAUGACCCAUUUUUAGCACCCUUUCAUUGGAACUGACUUUCUUCUGAUUGGUCACACCUCCCUAAGUGUUUGCUGAUAACAAGUGGGCGUGGUUUCUUCACUCAGAGCGACACUCGUGAUGAUUAUAACAAAGACAUCUUCUCUAAAUGAGACGAGCCCCAGGAGUAGAAAAUCCUUUUGAUAACUGAACAUUCAGAGCAGUCUAACGCUGAGGUUUUGGCUCACAGAGAUGACGUUUGCAUUCGCUGACAUUUUUAUUUGAAACUUUGGGUAGAAUUAUUAUAAAUAUCCACUGCUGUAGCGAUUUUAUAUAUACAAAAAAAAAGGAAAAGCUUAAACGCGCCGCUUUAAGUGAAUAACACUUUUAUAAUAAUCAGUUUAUGUUGCAAAACUAUAAACAUGAUUUCUUUCAUUGACAGAACUACCACUUUCCAUUUCAGAAAAAAACAUUUUAAAAAGCCAUGUUGAGAUUUAAACACACUUGAGUGCUGCUACUGGAGGAAAAAAAAAUGGGGAAUUUAACCCUAAAACAUAAUACACAUUAUACAGUCAGCGUCUUUUCCCCCCACCAGGACCAGAAUUACUGGGACUGUGUUUGUCUUCCUGUUUGUUACGGGGGGGGUUCCUCUUAAGUCAUGUGACGAGGUUCAAACUGAAGAAUAUCUAUUAGCGCAGGUAAACUAGUGUGGACAGGAUCCAGCUCUUUGCUGCUUUGUGCCUGAUAAUUGUUUUGCCUUGAAAAACAAAAUGCUUUCUUUGUGCUGAGACUAAUGAGUCAAUAAUGAUGUUAACAGUCUUCUUAGGAUAGGCGAGUGUGUUUUGCCUUUACGUUCUUCCACAUAAACAGCAGCUGUAUUUGGAAAUGUGGGCAUCUACAUUGUACUACUGAGCUUUGGGACAGCAGCACUCCUUAGUGAAGGGAACUCAUGUCCCACGUGUAUAUGCUACCGCUUGCAUGUGUGCACACUGAUGAGUGCUGUGCAAGCGCUCGUCCUUCAUACUAAUGCACACACAGGAAGAAUUCCUCCCAGAAGCUGCUCUGCACCAGAGCUGGUGGUGCUCAAAGUGACACAUUGUUGCUGGUUUUUUUUUUGUAACCUACUACAUUCUGUCUUCAUGUCUUUCUGGGGUUGCUGAGUUGUUUUAUUUUUUUAUUUUUUGGUCCAUCUUUGCGGAUCUUCUGAUGUGUAAUGUGGGAUACUUGUGUAACACGUCUUAUGUUAUCCUUUUGGCUUCCUUUCUGCAGAGAAUCGAUCACAGAUGGUCGUUCGUGAGCUGAAAGUUUGGUUGCAAUGUUGUUCAUACAAAUACAGAAUGUAUCUAUGUAUUUUUAAUUAUGAACCGAGAGAAGCUGUACCGUUAUACUCACAGCAAAUAUUUAAACAUAUGUUUACGUUAUGUAAAGAUUUUAUGUCCUGACAUUUUACUAAGGAGUUUCUGAACAUUAAUUAGAUCAGUUUCCCUUCAGUUCAUUGGUACUUCUCAGUAGUCCUCUGCAAAGACUGCAUCUGGUUUCAACCAUAAAAGCAAAAUAACCUCGUUGUUUUUAUUCUUUGUUUUGGUAAAACGGCAUGAAAUGCUGUUAUGGAUGAUGGCUCGCUACAAAGUUUAUAUAUUGUUUCAUUAAAAAUUAGCUGUUGGGACGGAUGUGUGAGUGUAAGUUACCACACAUCAGAGAUCGUUGUUCUCUGAUAUAAAGUAGUUCCUUUGAAGCAGAUUUUCUUUCUAAGAAUUCUGGUUCUACUCUCAUAACUUCAGUUGUUCAUAUUUGAACAUCUUAAUUGUUCUCUUCAACUACUUAGUCUUCAGCAGUACUCGACUGUAUAAUUAGCACUGUGUGAUAUCCAUGUUAACUAAUUUCUCUGCAUUUCAUCAUAGAAAAUGCACUAUUUCAACAUAUCGGUAAAAAAUUUAAAACGUAAUGUUUCACCCUUGUCAGUUACACGAGUAGAUGAAUAAAAGAGUUUAAAAUA